AUGGGUUGCUUUAUUUCUCCUGUAAUGAAACUCCGUCGUCUAUCUUCAACUGAUUCGUGGCGGUUUGCAUACCGGAAUCUGACCGGCGAGGAUAUAGAGGAUUCGGUCGUAAGGGUUGUCGUAGGGAAAGAGAAGAAGGAGUUCAUGGUCGAACCGUACGUACUCGAAGAGGCGCCGUUUAGAAUCUUGAUUGGUUCGGUUAAGGAUCGUACCAAGACCCGGUUAAACCGGACUGGGAGUGUUGUAUGGCUUGAUCAUAUCGACUCGAUCUUGUUCGAGCACUUGUUGUGGCUUCUUCGUAACGAUGCAUCUACAUUUUCGGAUAUGGAUGUCGUCGAGAUCAUUGAGUUCUAUUCUCAAGAUUGCUAG